AUGGCAUGGCAAACUUACACCGAGUUGGUGGUCGACCAUCUAACACUAAACGCAAACUUCGACGACGUCAUCCCCGACCAAUACGACGCCAUCUAUGUCCCCGGUGGUCGUUUCACGGAACUCUUGAGCGCAGACGAGAAGUGCGUGAGCCUUGUGGCUCGUUUCGCUGAGCUCAAGAAGCUCAUCAUCACUAGCUGCCACAGCCAGCUGUUUCUCGCGGCUGCUGGUCUACUCACCGGUGGAAUGAAAUGCACGGCGUACGGAAGCUUGAAGCCUUUGAUCGAGCUCUCUGGCGGCGCGUGGUGGGAAAAGCCCGGAGUACAAAGCAUUUUAGACAUCACCGAUUGUCUCAAGGACGGGAACUUCGUUUCCACUUUGGGUUGGCCCACCCUUGGCCACACUCUUAGAGUCUUGCUCGAGUCACUUGGCUCCAAGAUUUCUAGCUCCAAGGAGACUCAAACUUCUUUUCUUUUCUUGAUUGGGGACUGUGUUGAAGAUUAUAGUAUCAACGUACCAUUUAGAGCGUUUCAAGCUCUUGGGUGUAAAGUGGACGCAGUGUCACCAAACAAGAAGAGAGGCGAAAAAUGCGCUACUAUUGUUCACGACCUCGAAGACGGAAAACAACUUCCUACUGAGAAAUUCGGUCACAACUUCUAUGUGACCGUUGCUUGGGAAGAUAUCUCUGUUGAUGAUUACGACUGCAUUGUGGUUCCCGGAGGAAGAUCGCCCGAGCUAUUGGUGAUGAACGAGAAAGCCGUUGGUUUAGUCAACAAAUUUGUUGAGAAAGGCAAGUUUGUAGCUGCCAUAGGUAUGGGAAAUUGGCUACUCGCUGCAACUGGCGCUCUUAAGAAGAAGAGGUGUGCAAGUAGUUAUGGGACAAAGGUGGCUGUGAAGGUUGCUGGUGGUGAGAUCGUGGAAUCAGAGCGGUGUGUGACCGACGACAAGCUGGUCACAGCCGCAACGACUUCCGAUCUGCCUGUCUUUUUGUAUGCAUUGUCCACUGCACUUGGUCUCUCUGUUGUAUUCUAA